GCACAAUAAAACCGGUAUAUGGAGAUAUUGGGCCGGAGGUGAGAGCCCAUUAAGUAAGAAAAUAACUUAAUUAGUAAGAUAAAGAAAAAAUGGUUAAGCAUAGGCACGUGUUCCACGCACACGGUUCGUCUAUUAUUAUUCUUCGUCUACUUCACACGGAAUAGAGAUAGAGAGAGAGAGAGAUCCAGAAAAAGACGAACAACAAUGGCGUUGCAAUGGCUGAUUCUAUCGUAUGUGGUGGCCGUCGAAGUAGUAAUCACCCUCGUGUUGACUCUCCCUUACCCUAUGCUUCUUAAGAAACGUGUAGUUCAGCUUGUCUCAUUGAUUCUCCAACCUGCUGCUUCCAUCGUCGCCUUCGCCGGAUUUCAGCUCCUCGAUAUUUACUGGAAGGCUGAGCAUAGACUAUCUUGUUCAUCUGAGGUUUGCACUGCUACAGAACGUGAUCGCUACGAGAAAUCUAUCUACAAGGCUCAGAGGAACGUGGUUCUAUGCGCUGCAGGAAUUCUACUCUACUGGUGCAUCUACCGCAUCUGCAAAUACAACAAAGACCUGGAGCGCUUGGAGGCAACGGAGAAGAGAUUCAAGGAAGAGUAAUAAUCUUCACGAGUAUAGGGAGUUGGUUCCUCAAAACCAUUAUAUAAGUAAAGCUUUUUUUUAUUGCAUUUUUACGUUCUAAUAUUAUUGGACCUGAAUGAAACUAAGAGUAUCGUGAACAGCCUUUGCACACUAUAUGUGUAUAUCAUCAGUGUCCAUUUCUUUGAUCAUAUUUCAAGAACAACCUUAAUUUUUCAUGUCCAGAAU